AUGGUUUCCGCUUCGGUCAGUGCCUAUACUGCGCCAGCACUUAUGGCCGUUUGUCUUCUAACUGACUAUUGGAUUUAUGGAAAGCAAACACGACUAUCACCAAAUCCAAUAGUAAAAGCAGGCGAUACAAGAGUUUUAAAUUUUACAUAUCAUCGUAUUGGUCUUUGGCGAGAAUGCAUCAAAGAGAGUACUGAUGCUCCAUACAACUGUGAUCUCGUUAGAUAUUCUAAAGCAGAAGCAAAAUUAGAAAAAGGCUUUAAAGCUGUUUCAUAUCGAUCAGCACCAAGUAUGGCGUGUUUCACAGCGGCAUCCAUUCUUUUAAUUAUCGCAAUUUUUUUAUUUACGCGUGGUCUCUGCAAACGACGUCGAAAGGCCGUGUUUUUCAUCUCAGGUCUUCUUUUUUCUAUCUCAGGUUUACUUACUAUGGUUGGUGUUACAUUAUACGUUUCAAUUACAACUGAAGAAUCGGUUAAAAUUGAUCAAGAUUAUCCGGUGAUGAGAUGUUCCUACGGAUAUUCAUUUCUUUGCGCAGUUUUUUCCUUUGUUCUACAAGAAUUAACUGGUGUUUUAACGGUCUAUUGGUUUAUAUAUCGUUUUCGUGCACUUGUUCGAAGACAAGAGAAAUUACGUUUGCGUACUCGUCAAUUGAUGGGAAAUUGUUUAUCAAUGACAACAGCCCUUCCAUUGAAUCUUGCCUCAUUGAAUACAAUUAAUAAUAAUAAUAAUAAUAAUAAUAAUAAUAAUAAUAAUAAUACAAAGUCUGCAGCAAAUUGUUCAAAUUAUCAAUUACAUCAGAAUCAUUAUUCUAAUUCAAAGAGUGAACGUUAUCAAUAUGGGAUCACAAAUAAUUCAGCAGACUCUUCAACGCCUAAACAGCAUAGAAAUUAUGAAAGACGAUGUAUACCAUUUGAUAAAUCUGUACUAUCAUCUCUUCAACAUGUUGAUAAAGCAUGUUAUUCAAUAUUUCCACCCCGAUCACCAACACUUCUCUACGGGGAUUAUUGUCGUGUGUUAAUUCGUCCAGAAGAUAUGGAUUUACUCACACAAAUGGUAAAAUCAAAAUCCCAAGCACAAUUACUAGCUAAUUCAAGACCAACAACACCAGCACUAACAAUAGCAAAUAUCAAAGUCCUACCGAAUUUAGAUGCAGAUAGACAAAUAACUAAUCAUAUUUCAAAACGAAGUAUACGAAAAGGUGUCAAGCGGACUACAUCUGUUUAA